AUGGGUCGCAGUCGCAGCGGCUCCCUACGGAGGAAAGGUAGGCGUUCCCGGUCCACAUCCCGUGAGAGAGAACGCAGGCGCCAAGAAAGGUCCAGGUCUCGGGAGAGAGAUGGGAGAAGGAACCGCUCGCCAACCCCGCACCUAGGACGCUCCCGAUCUCCAAGAAGACAUAAAUCCACAUCUCCUUCCCCUUCUCAGCCGAACGAAAGAAGAGAUGAGGAAAAGAAAGAAACAAAGAGCAAAGAAUGGCAAAUUACUGAGGAAGACUUAGAGGGCAAAACAGAGGAAGAAAUAGAAAUGAUGAAGUUAAUGGAAUUUGCCUCCUUUGACUCCACAAAAGGUAAGAAGGUGGAUUGCUCUGUAAAUGCCUAUGCCAUAAUUGUCUCUCAGAAGAGGAAGUAUGGGCAGUAGAUGAAUCGAAAAGGUGGAUUCCACAGACCUUUGGAUUUCAUUGCAUGAGAAUUGAAAUGUUGAAGAAUGAUUUUUUCCCCUCAUCUUGGUCAGAGAGUGGAUUUUGCAUUUAACUUGUAUUCA